AUGAGCUCCACCACAGCACCCAAGACCCUCGUCGGAAAGGCCAUUGGACCUACGGGCUACGGACUAAUGGGAUUGACUCGCCCUUGGGACCAGAUUGACUUCUCCGAAUCGGUCAAGUUGAUGAAGACUGCCCUCGACCAAGGCGCCAACUUUUGGAAUGGGGGCAUCCACUACGGUACUCCCGAUAGAAACUCCCUGCACCUGCUCAAGCACUACUUCGAGCAAUACCCAGAGGACGCCAACAAGGUCGUCCUGAGCAUCAAGGGCGCCUACGACGCCAAGACCCACAUCCCGGACGGCACCCCGGAGGGCAUCCGUGCCUCCGUCGAGGAGGCCGUCCGGGUCCUCGGCGGCGUCAAGAAGAUUGACAUCUUCGAGUGCGCGCGCGUCGACCCCAACGUCCCCAUUGAGACCUCCGUCCAGGCUCUCGCGGAGCUCAUCAAGGAAGGAAAGAUCGGCGGCAUCGGCCUCAGCGAAGUCAGUGCCGCGACCAUCCGCCGUGCGCACGCCGUCCACCCCAUCGACUCGGUCGAGAUCGAGCUCAGCAUCUUCACGCCCGAUGCCGUGACCAACGGUGUCGCGGAGGCAUGCCACGAGCUCAGCAUCGCCCUCGUCGCCUACAGCCCCGUCAGCCGCGGCCUGCUCACCGGCGAGUUCCGCAAGCCCGAGGACCUCCCCGCCAACGACAUGCGCCACAUGCUGCCGCGCUUCAAGGCGGACGUCUUCACGCAGAACUUCAAGCUCGUCGAGGCCGUCGAGAAGAUUGCGCAGCGCAAGGGCGCGAACGUCGCGCAGGUGGCCAUCGCAUGGGUGCGCCGGCAGGGCGCCAUCCCGAUCCCGGGCUCGACCAAGGCGGAGCGCGUGGUGCAGAACUGCGAGGACGUGCAGCUGAGCGACGACGAUUUGAAGGAGAUCUGGGCGCUGAUUGAGAGCUUGCCGGUCGCGGGGCAGCGGUAUGGUGGCAAGUUUGAGCAGUACCUUAACCAGUGA